ACCUGAUUCUCGGCUGCCGGUUCGAGAUGCGGUGCACGUUAGGCCACGUGUUUCUGACAAGUUUGCUACUACUACUUCGACCACCUCGAGCAGACGCGGCUAUCGUCGAAUCGUCUUUAUCGCAGGACAAAGCGCCGCUCAAGCUGGUGUGGGCCAGCGAGGGCGAGGACGUUGAAUUACCAUGCGACAUCACUCCGCCGACCCCAACCGACUCUGUGAAUAUGGUACUCUGGUUCAAGGAUUCUGCUGGGAUACCGCUCUACAGCUUGGACGCGAGGAGCGGAGAUCUCGCCUCCGCCAUUCACUGGGCGGUCAGCGACGAUCUCGGUAAGAGGACCUACUUUCAGAUCGGCGACGGCCACCGAGCUAAAUUGAAAGUCACCAAAGUUACCUACAAGGACCAGGGGAUCUUCAGGUGCAGGGUAGAUUUCAUCGAUUCCCCAACCAGAAAUUUCCGCGUGAAUCUCACACUGGUCGAGGAACCCUCGAAGCCUGUGAUAUACGACGCUCAAGGACGAGAAGUGACGGGAGUCGGAGGUCCUUUCUUGGAAGGUUACAAUCUCGCCCUUACCUGUCAGGUGGCUGGGGGAAGACCGAAGCCUACGGUGACGUGGUGGAAGGACGGCAAGAUAUUGGACGGAGUGGUCGACACCAUCUCCGUUGGUUCUCCGAGUAAAUUCACGGUGAACCACCUGUUCAUCGACAAGGUGACCAGGUCCAUAUGGGGCACGAAACUCGAGUGCAGAGCACAGUCGCCACCGAUGUUGGCUCCGAUCGUCCGUGAAGUACCUCUGGAUAUUUACCUGAAACCGGCGAUCGUAAAGAUCAUCCUGAGCGAGGAUCAGAUUUUCGCCGGUCGUCCGAUUGCGGCUCGUUGCGAAACUUGGGGAAGUUCUCCAGCGGCGAGGAUCAUCUGGAGAUUAGGGGGACAGGUGAUAGGCGACCCGAAUGUGUCCACCACGCAGAGAAGCAAUUCCACGGUCAGCAAGCUGGCUCUGGCACUCGGAAAGGACGACGACGGCAAGGAAUUAACCUGUAGAGCCGAAAAUCCCAGAUUUCCCGGCGGAGUCCUCGAGCAAACUAAAAUUCUCAACGUUGCCUAUCCCCCAGCCGUCUCUGUCGAACUAGCUAAAGGUCACGUCCUCGAUACCCUCCGUGAGGGUGACGAUUUGAGGCUGGUAUGCAACGUGGAGAGCAACCCUCCUCCGACCAGGGUCGUUUGGUAUCACAAGGACAAUCGAUUAAAGCACGACGUGGCCGAGGGAACUCUGGUAGCUUCGAAUACACUGACGCUGAGGGUGCUCACUCUGGCUCACACCGGCGAGUAUUCGUGCGAGGCGAUCAAUUCCGUGGGAGAAGGUCGCAGCCCUCCGAUCUACAUUCGCAUGAAAUAUGUACCCAGGUGCAAGGCGGGGCACGAGAGACGCCAAGUCACCGUUGGUCGUCACAAGACGGUGUCGUUGCGCUGCGAGGUGGACGCGGUGCCGAAAGACGUGGUGAGAUUCUCGUGGAUGUACAACGGGACGCUGGGCGACGUGUUGCCGAUUCCAAACUCCAGAGCUGAGAAUAACGGGCUCGUUAGCGUUCUCGAGUACACUCCUACCGCUGACACCGACUUUGGAACUCUGGCUUGCUGGGCGAGCAACAACGUCGGCAGACAAAGGACGCCCUGUAUAUUCCACAUCGUGCCCGGAAAGCCACCGCAGCCGCCGUUCGACUGUUCCCUCCGCAACGAGAGCACCGCGCUGGAAGUGAAUUGUGUCCCGGGCGCAGACGGCGGUUCUCCGCAAUACUUUUUGCUGGAAGUUCGAGCCGCCACGAAGAGCCCGGCCGUCGUUCAGGUGCAUUCGCCCACUCUCCACGCCCCCCAGAGCGAUCAAGGAACGGUCGGAGAAGUGCCGACCGUGUAUCAAGAGAGAAAUCCAAGGCCGAAUUUCCAGCUGCACGGCCUCGAGCCAGGCUUCGAUUACACUUUGUACGUGUACGCGGUGAACGGUCAAGGAAGAAGCCAGCCGGCGCUGUUGGAGCACGUCAGGGUCGCCGAGUCUAUCGGUGGAAAGAUCGAGAGGAACGGUCUCUUUCUGGAGGACCUGAAAAAGGCGCUACCCAAGGCUAGCUCGGAGAACAUGAUCGUCGUGAUCGCCUUGACAGGUACAGGUGCGGUGGCUUUGAUCCUGAUCGGUAUCGGAGUGAUCAUCGGGCUGGCUAUCUGCAGGAGGAGGACCACCUCGCCUGUCAAAGACGGUCCGGACGAUUUUACCACCCCCACCUACGUUUCCGCUCAAAGGGUAGAGCCAAGGAUCAGAUACUCGUCCGAUACCAGACGUUCUCAGAGAGCCAGCUUGUACAUGGAGGAAAAUCGAAACGAGCCGGAUAUUCUUCAGAGAGUCGAGAUCGAUCUACACGACUAACGGUCCGAACGGUGCCGCCUUAUUUUGUACAG